AUGGAUCUUGCCGGUGAUUUGACGUUUGGACAUGACUACGGCAACAUAGAAAAGGGUAAAGCCGGAGAGUUCCUUGAAACAUUUUCCAAAUUGAGUUUCUGGGGCACCGUGAACCAGGUCUCUUCACGCUUCCCCCUUCUAUACCCGUUCGUGCUGCUUGCCUUGAGUCCUAGCUUGGCGACAGUGGCGCCGAAACUCCAGCGCAUCAAUAGUAAGUAUAUCAACGAUCGAAUCAGCAUCAGGGAUUCUCUUGAACACGAAGACUUCAUGUCGUCUCUUAUUAAAGACGGCGGAGAGCCGCCCGAAGUCGACUUUCUUGUUGCACAAAGCAUGAACGUGGUCAUAGGCAACGCUGAAGCCACUUCCAACAUGUUCACGGUUUCAGUACAUUUUCUCGGCAUAUAUCAAGAGAAACUCGAAAAAUUGAAGGUAGAUAUUCGCAAUCGAUUCGCUUCCUACGAGGAGAUCAAAUCCGAAAAUGUGCAGAAUAUCACAUGGCUCAAUGCUGUCAUUAACGAGGGACUUCGACUAGCCACCCAGGGCACUUCCGGUCUACCUCGCAUCAGCCCUGGCGGCUUCGUUGAUGGCCACUACAUUCCGAAGGGGUAUCGAGUUCAAACCAGCUUCUGGGCAGUCUUCCACUCAGAGCGUUACUUUGCGAAACCACGAGAAUUCCACCCAGAACGAUGGCUUCCAAAAGACCAUCCAGAUUAUGAGAAGGAGUUUGAAAAUGACAAGCUUUCUGUAUUCCAGCCUUUCAGCAUUGGUACCCGAGGCUGUGUUGGUCGCAAAACGGGGCUCUUGCAGGCGCAGCUGAUGAUCUCCAAGAUGGUGUGGGCCUUGGACUGGGAGCACAUUAAUCAAGGCGAGAUGGACUGGGAACAAGAUCUGAGAAGAUACGCUAUGAAUCAGUUGCCCCAAGUCGUUGUCCGCUUCCAGAAAAGAUCUAUAUAG